AUGCUAGAGGGGACUUUUAUUUUGGAGCUUAGCGGAAGUGCUGCGGAAGUGCUGUGGCUGCUGCACGUGGGUGCACACGUGUGUGUGUGUGUGUGUGUGGUGUUGGUGGUGCUGGUACUGGUACAGACGGAUCCUGCAGUUAUGGGUGAGAUGGAGACAGAACCGGUGCGUCCUAAAGUCACGGACAGUAGAGGAGUUCUGAAGCAGAACCGAGAGUUCCUGGAUUAUUUCUGGGAGAUCGCCAAACCGGACCGGGAGAACCGACUCCGAGCCGUGGAGAGUCUGAUCGGUCAUCUGAGGAGCAACAAACAGUCGGAUGAGCUGAAGUACACCCUGAAGAGACUGGUGGAUGGACUCUGCCACAACCGAGAGGAGGCUCGCAGCGGGUACAGCCUGGCACUGGCACAGGUGCUGAGUGUGUUUGAGGAGAUCUCACUUCAGAGUGUGUUGGAUCAGAUCAAAGAGAAGCACAACCUGCAGGCAGCAUCAAAGAAACAGAUCAGGAAUGUGGCAUUUGGGAAUUUUUUUGGAGUUCUCGCUCUGUCUCAGUCUACACGCCUACAGAAGGAGGCGGCCGUGUUGCUGGACUGUGUGAAGCUCCUACAGUCUCUCUCUCAGUACAGAGAACAUCUGAAGGAUCUACCCAGGAGGACCAUGGUGGACGUCCUCAGUGAGGUAUCGGAGCAGCAGUUCGAGCAGGUCCUGUACGGAGCCCUACAGAAGGACAUGAGUUCAGCUCUCACCAACCCCGAGAACUUAGAGCUCCUCCUGCUGGCCAUGCGCAGAUUCAGCUCCGUCAUCGACCCCGCCCGCCUCAAAACCCUGCUGGGUACCACCUCGGUCAUCUGUACACACACCCUGCCCAGGUUGGUGGAGAUACUGAAGACGGCCGCUCGCUCGGGGAAGAAGGAGUGUGUGCUGCCGGCCGUGGCGACGGACCUGCUCCAGACGUCCCUCCGCGAGGACAGUUUCACCCUCUUCUGGAACAAAGUGGUCAUCGAGGGAUUGAUCUCAGACCCUCCUGGAUCCAGCCAUUAUUUGGCGUUCCGUUUGCUGGGCGUGGCGUUACCGCUGGUGUCUCUCUCUCAGCUGCGGUUCAUCCUGUCAGGAGAGGUGAUGAGGAAAUACGGCGAACACGUCAUGUCUGCAAAGCUCCCAGACCGCUUCAAGUUCUCGCCGGAGAUGGACGCCGCCGUGUCGGAGUUCCUGCGGAGCUGCGCUGACGUGGAGAAGCAGGUGACGGUGCUGCAGGGCUUCAGCCGGGUGGCUCACCGCGGCGCCCCGGUCGUCCCGUCCUUCUGGAAGGUCCUGGAGGGGGCGGAGCCGGCGGCCCUGCAGCGCUACGUGGACUGGCUCCAGGAGCAGUUCUGCAGACCGGACAUGGACGCGCUGCUGGAGUUCAGCACCCGCAAGCAGAGACAGAACCAGAACCCUGACACACAGCCCGAGACGUGUGUGUUCCGCUUCCGAAAGUGGAUCGUUCCUCGCCUCGCCUGCAUCGUGGAGAACCAUCAGAUCAGAAAGAAGGAGGAGCUGGUGAUGAGUAUCACCAGGUUCAUCUUCUUCCACGCGUUCUUUAACACACUGAAGCCCACGGCGGACGUUCCCGAGUCCCAGCGCUCUCUGUCUGUACCGCUGGAUCAGAACACGCGAGACAUAGCCAGUUCCACCUUCUUCAGUGUGUUGAACUCGGUGAGUGUGUUACCGGUGCUGAAUGAACAGGGCGAGUGUGAGCUGGUGAACAAACGCAGUGCAGUAGGGGUGUUGGCCGACGGCUCCUUGUGGGUGUAUCGGCUCGUCCAGUUCGCAGAUACUCUGCUGAAACACAACACACACGUACAGAGCACUCAGCAACUCAACACACAGCACCUACAGGCCUGGGAGAGUAUGUUACACUCUGUAGAUUCUCUGAAUAAGAAGAUGAAGAAAUCUGCAGCUCCAGAACAUUCAGCCUUCCAGCACCUGUUUCUCAUCAUCUCCAUCCACAUCUUCAAGGUUCCAGACGACAGUGUGGAGUUGCUGAAUGACCUGAGGAGCUGUAUGGAGAAAGCACAAGCUAAAAAGACCAAGAAGAAGAAGAGGAGUGAUGCUGCAGGUGCUGUACAGGGGGAGGAGCCUCACUGGGUGGAGGUGAUGGUGGAGAUCUUGCUGUCCCUGCUCGCCCAGCCCAGCCGUCUGAUCCGCACCGUGUGCAAAACGGCGUUCGGCCGCCUCUGCCCCCACCUGACCGCGCCCGCCCUCGCCGCCAUACUCAACGUUCUGGAUCCCAGUAAAGAUGAGGACGAGAGCGCUGUGAUGGUGACGGAUGAGAAGGAGGGAGAGAAGAAGAAAAAACAAACAGACGAGGAUGAGGAGGGAGGUGAUGAAGGUCAGGAUGGAGAGGAUGAAGAGUCCGACUCCUCUGGCGGCGAUGACGAUGAUGAUGAAGAUGAUGUGGAGGAAGAGGCGGAGGAGGAGGAGGAGGAGGUGGAGGUGGAUCAGAACUUUAAACUGGAGCUGAUGAAGGUCCUGCAGGGACAGAACGCUCUGGCUACAGAGGCGGACGGAGAUGAUGAGGAGGAGGAGGAGGAGGAGCUGGAUGACGAGGCCAUGAUGAAGUUGGAUGAGAACCUGGCGACUCUGUUUGGAGAGCAGAAGAAGAAGCUUCAGGCCAAAAAGGACGAGAAGGAGCGACUGCGCCGAGAGAAAGUUCUGGUCCGGGACUUCAGGAUGAAAGUUCUGGACCUGGUGCAGGUGUUUUUGCAGAAGCAGGGCAGUAGUGGGUUGGUGUUGGAGAUGCUGGAACCUCUGCUCAACGUGAUUGAGAACAGUAUGAGUUCAGAGAGCAGCCAGCAGGAGCAGGACUUCCUGCGCAGAGCCGCCCACAUCUUCAGGAACGAUCUGUGCCGUGGGAAGCACUACUGCAGAGAGGUGGAGGGUCGGGAGGCGGAGCUACACGACAUGCUGGAGCGUCUGAUUGGUCGAGCACAGAAGUUGGCGGACUCCUCUGUGGCGCUUUAUUACUUCAGUGCUGCGCUCUACAUCGUGAAGGUGUUGAGAGGAGCGCAGAAGGAACCGGACGCCCAACAGGAGAGGAUGAUGGGUAAUCUGGACGUGGAGAGGGUCACGUCCUGUUUUAAAGAGGCGCUCACGUCGUUCAUGAGGAGAAGGAAGAGCUCUCUCACCGGGGACAUGUUCAUCGAUCUGUUCAACAGAUUCCCUGUUCUGUGUGCAAACCUGCUGGACACGACGGUGGAGAACAUCACUGCAGGGGUCCGAGAACACCAGCAGGCACAGGCGUGUGUGAUGGUGCUGAGAGCUCUGCAGUGUAAGGAGGUGAAGAAGCAGAUUUUGGACUCUCAGUGGAUUCAGAUCUGUCAGAAAUGUGUAGAGCAGAUCACACAGGCCCUGCAGAAGGUGGAGUUGAAGAACAAAGCUGCUCAUGAGAAGACGGUUAAAGUUCUGGAGCUCUGUCACUACCUCGUCAAAACUAUUCACACCCAGAAGGUGGAGGUGGACCUACAAGAUCUCCAGAACGUCCUCAAGUCCCUGAACGCCGACGGGAAUCUGCAGAAAUCCGGUAAACUGGAGGACACGUACUGGAGCGUCAUGAAGCUCUUCGGUGCUCAGAAGCCUCGGGUGGAGAAGGUGAAGAAAUCGAAGGACGAGGAGAAGCAGACGGAGCAGGAGGCGCAGAAGAAAAAGAAGAAGGGAUUCCUCCCGGAGAGCAAGAAACGCAAAAAUCGCAAGAAACCCGGCGUGACCGAGGGCAAAGAGGGUACGGAGACGGCAGGAGUCGCAUCAGGAGGAGGCGCAGAGGGGAAAAAGAAAAACAAGAAGAAGAAUAAGAAGAGUAAAAUCGGAGGAGAGGAGGUGCAGGAUCAACCUCCCACCAAAAAAGCUAAAACUCAGCAGAACCAGAAGAACCAGAAGAAGAAGAACCAGAAGAAGAAAGGACAGCAGGCUGGAGGAGAGUGACCUGGUGCUCCUCAUGAUCGUCCCUUUAUUAACAGUGUUAUUAUCAGUGCUGUUAGAUGAAAGCUAUGUGGGGGGCGUCUGUGGUCGCUGUGUAGAUCAGAUCUUGUGUAGAUCAGUGGGGAUUAUUAACGCCUGUAUCAUCACCUGCACCAAAACUGUUUCUGUACAAAAUAAAAUGUUUUUAUUGUAAUAAAA